AUGGAAUCAAAAGUGCAAAGCGGAUUAUGGGUGAAGAAGGAAGGGAAAGUAUUUCGUGUGCUUUACUUGGGCUGUGCUGAGACAGCCGGGACCGGACAUGAUUGGAGAAUAGGUGGCAGGAAUGACACAGCGGUGGAGACGACCCAACAGCCGCAUAUCACGAAUGAGAAAAAGUUGAAGUUGUUGAAGCGGUUCUGGAAAGGUACACGAGGUCGCGUUGUUGUGUUUUUUAUUCUGUCAAUCCCACAUUUGAACGGGCAACUGGAUAAAAUACUACAAGAACAAUACGAGUAUCGUGAUAUCAUUGCAACAGACCUGACGGAUUCUUAUCAAAAUCUCUUUCAAAAGAUACGUCCGAUAUCGAAGCCUCCUGUAGCCCUUUCUUCAGAAAAUCAGUUCCACAUGCAAACAUGCGUUUCGCUUGAGAAAAUUUACAGCGGGUACGUGCCAAAAAGUGUUUGGCCUUCGAAGUAUUAUCCAGCCUACUGCAAUGGACCGUUCUACGUCAUGGGAAAUGAGACCGUGAAGGAAAUUGCUGAAAUGUCUUUGUAUUUCACUCCCUUCAUAAUGGAGGACGUUUUCUAUACGGGUGUUGUGGCUGGCGCGCUCAACAUACCGACCACGAAUUGGACCAAUAGGAUAACACAUCUUCUUGAGCCGUCAAAUCGACUGACGGCAACAACUUUGAUCAAGACACCACUUAACAAUAAGGCCUGA